AUGCCUCCAAAAAGACGCUCUGAUGCAAACGAGACCGCUGAGUCUUCAAAGAAGACCAAGACUGCCUCGGCGGCCUCCACCAACCCUUCUAAUGAGACUCGUUGGUCCACCAAGGAUGAUCGCUGGUCGGCCGUGUCCAACUCGCGCAAUGCAGAUGCGGACUACAAGAUUGCCAUGGCGGACCCUGAAUUUGCUUUCACUUAUGUCUGCAGAUGUCCUUUUGGAACCAAGCACGCUUCCCAAGUUGAUGAUGAUGAUGAUGAUGAAGACGAUGAUGAGAAUGAGGGUGACAAGGGCACAUCCAAACCCAAGUGUGAUGGCGGCAAGACUUGUCUCUGCAACAAGCUCGCAGCGGACCACCCCGAUGCUCCCUAUGUCGUCACCCGCGCCGGCUACCGCAAGUUGAUGAACCAACAAACCAACUGCCAGGUCCGCGACCCGGACACCUUCGGCAUGUAUACCUUCAAUGACCACAUGGCCUACGGCAUCCUCCAAGUAAUUCAGAACUUGAUUCUUGACUUUGAGGAGGCCAAUAAGAACUGGAGGGAGCAAUGGGUCGUCUGUGAAGCUCUGUCCCCUUUCAUCUGGUACCUUUCCGGGUCAGAAUUUACCAUGAUUGAUGAUGCCGAAACCGCUGACAAGACAGCCAAACUCAUUGGCACCAUUUUCCUCUCCAUGCUCGCCCGCCUUGAACGCGAGGACAUGUUGAAGCCAGACUCAGAGGUCAAGGACCUUGGCAUUGUCAUGGCCGGUUUCAUCAAGAUCGCUAAGGUGUUCCGCGACAGCGACCUCAUGGAGGACGACACCAAGACGCGCAAGUCAAAGAAGCGACCUUUCCCAUUCGUGCCAUCCAAAUUUGACGAAUACAUCGCCGCUUACGCCAAGAAGUAUAACAUUAAGCUUGCCGGCGUUCCGGACAUUGACAAUCUUGUCAAGGACCUUAAUGAUGAGGUCGAGCUGCCCACGGCUAAGGAUCAUGGUGAUGAUCCGUGGGGCCUGGAGGCUGCGCUUGAGGAAUAUAAAUCUGAGUGCAACUGCUGCGGCUUCUUUGUUCAGAGCAAGCGUUCGGAGAUUGGCGGAGACUCACUGGACCUCACGUCCUGGACGUCUGCGCAGCGUAAGAAAGCUGCGUUUGACAAGAAGGAGCCGUUGCCCAAGGAAAUACUGAAAGGCCUGAAAGACGGCCUGGUUAUUGGGCUCGGCUAA